AUGGCCGAGGGGGCUGUCCCAAGGCUUGUCUUCAAGAUCCCCGGUGCCCGAGAUGUCACAAACCCAUGCCACCUGAGUUACAAGACAGAAAAAGUGCUCCCACCAGCAGAAAAGAAGACACCCAGGGCUGUCAGUACACAGAGGUGCCCAGAGGGUCCCUACCCGCUGAUAGAACAGGUGGGCGAAUGUGGGUGUAUCAGGGUUCAGGCCCCUUUCAGUCUUAAGGAGCUGAGCCAGAUAAAGAAAAACCUGGGUAAAUUCUCAGGUAAUCCUGAUAAUUAUAUUGAGGCCUUUCAGAGCCUAUAUCAAAUGUUUGACCUAUCUUACCGGGACUUAAUGCUCCUCCUAGAGCAAACCUUGUCCCACACCGAGAAAGAGAAGGUUUUGGCAGAGGCUCGAGACUUUGGCAAUAAUUAUUACAUCUCUUGUGUACGAGACAUUGAAAACCCUGAAAAGGAAGAAAGAUACUUGACAAGGUCUCAGGCAGUUUCUAGUGCAGACCCAGGGUGGGACCCUGAUGUCGAGAUGUGGAAAAUAAGACAUUGUCAGGCUUGCGUAAUAGAAGGCCUCAGGAGAAGCAAGUCUAAGCCUAUUAAUUACUCCAGACUAACUACCAUCAGCCAGGAGGCUAAUGGAAACCCCUCCGCAUUUUUAGAGAGACUCAGGGAGGCAUUGGUGAAGUACACCAAUGUAACCCCAGACUCAUUAGAGGGGCAGUUGAUUUUAAAGGAUAAAUUCAUCAUUCAAUCAGCCCCAGACGUCAGGAGAAAACUACAAAAAUUGUCUAUUGGAGCACCUUAG